ACAUUGUCUGCUUGCACUCAAGUCAGUCACCAUGUGCUGGUGCUUUCUUGUACCUUUGCUUCCACCAGCAAUUUUGGAGCUCUUAGUGCCUUCCAGGUUGUAGCUUAUCAGAAAACCUCGAAUGGUACGAACCAGACUUACGACAAUCUUUUUCGUGCUUGA